CUGUUGUUUUGCUUAGAGCUCAAUUGGUAGGCCUAAAGUGCUUCAAUUAGCAGAGUGCAAGCAAAGCGUUACAGAGUCAUGGACCCCACUCUUUAUGCCGAUAUUCUCUCGUUUAAAACCAAUGGAACCUUGCCCAGUGGGUUUUCCACCACACAAAAGUCUAAUUUUCGUCGAAAGGCAAAGAACUUUGAGGUUCAAGGUGAGUUUGUCGAAUGUUUUAUGUAAUUUUCAACCUUCCACUGUUUGCCAAAUUUGAGUUUAAUUAACAGCUGCGCACAACAGCGAACAAAAGUAGGGCAUCCUAGUUACGUCUCUUGAGGAAUACAUAAUAUUUCUCCUAAAACAUGUGUGUGUUCUAAUUCCCAAGUGACCAACAUCAUCGCUAUCACCGCCAUUACUAGGUGUGACGGUGUUGUAACUAGUACUGGCUAGCGUUAGAAGUUCGUAGUGUUUACAACUUAAUUCUGUUUGAAAAAUUAAAAUGGGGAUUUUGUUUAUGACACCAACAACAUAUUAUUGCUGUCUUGUAAUUUUUCUAAAAUGAAAAACAUAAUUUGACAAAAGGGGAAAAUUUAGAAAAAAAAAAGGAAUUUAUAUCGUGAGGUCACGUGUUCUGUUCGCGUGUUGUUGUUGUUUUAAUUUUGCUGUGCUAAUACUAUCCGUGUCAAUAAUACAUCUGUCGCUGUCCCUUAAUGAGAUGGCGAGUUGUACUACAUAAGGUACAAAGGCACAAAUCAAUGCAUUAAGGCAAAAGUGCUGUGUGGGCCCAACAAAGCCAAUGAAGUUUUUCUAGACUUUCAUGCCAGCAGUGGUGGUUCACACUGUGGCCAGAAAAAAACAAGAGAGGCAAUCUCAAAAAGAUUUUAUUGGCCUGGAAUGUCAGAGGACAUUAAUUUAUGGGUGACUCAGUGUGUGGCAUGCCAGGCCAGCAGUGUCAUCAUUAAAAAGGAGGUGGAGUACACACCGAUACAGGUCAACCAGCCAUUUGAGCUUAUUGGAAUGGAUUUAAUUGGUCCACUAAAAAUCACUUCUAAUAACAACCAGUACAUAUGUGUACUUAUUGACUACGUCACAAAAUGGCCCCAGGCAUAUCCGUUGAAGUCAAAAAGCGCUGAAGAGGUCUCAAAAUGUAUUCUUAAGUUUUUUUACCAGUUUGAAGCACCGAAGCGCAUUUUAACGGACCAGGGGAAGGAGUUUGUGAAUGAAAUCAACCGAAAUGUUUGCAAAAUCCUAAACAUUCAAAGGAGUCUCUGUGCCCCAUACCACCCACAGACAAAUGGGUUGGUAGAAAGGAUGAAUGGGACCAUACAGAGAGCACUUUCCAAGUUGGUAAAUGAAAAGCCAGAGGAAUGGGACAAACAUUUGGAUCCUGUCAUGUUUGGCCUGAGAACCAAGUGCCAUAUGACCACUAAGUACUCACCCUUUUUUUUAAUGUUUGGUAGAGAGGCGAGGUACCCUACGCAAAUCCCAGAUGAAUACAGAGUGGACAGCAGUGUGGAGGACAUUUUGUCUGUUGAAGAGGCAACAGAAGAAAUUCUUAAGCUGGAUGAAGUCCUUCAGGCUGCAAUUUCCAAUACCAAAAAAACACAGUCAAAAUAUCAAAACAAAAAUAAAGGCAGACCUAGUCCGAGUUUCACAGUCGGGAUGAAAGUGUGGAGGAUGAACACGAGGAGCCAGCAGAGGAAAGGGGGCAAGUUAGAUCGCAAUUACCUCGGCCCCUACACAAUUGCUGCAAUAUCAGGGAAAAGUGUGGAUCUUUUGGACAGCAAAGGUGUGACAAUACCAAAAAUUAACAUUGAUCAUUUAAUGGUGUUCACAGAGGAACAGCCAAGAAUUCCACAUAAGUUGUCUAAUGCUUCUUCUUCUGAGCCAUCCACCACUACCACAUCCACAGUCGGGCCCCCAACCACCACGUCAGCCUCUGCACCAUCCACCACCACGUCAGCCUCUGCUCCAUCCACCACCACGUCAGCCUCUGCACCAUCCACCACCACGUCAGCCUCUGCUCCAUCCACCACCACGUCAGCCUCUGCACCAUCCACCACCACGUCAGCCUCUGCUCCAUCCACCACCACGUCAGCCUCUGCACCAUCCACCACCACGUCAGACACCAAUGCAUUGUCCAGUGCCGCUAUGGGCAUGAUGCAUGCCUCCACUGCCUCUGUAAAAUCUACAGUAGACCCCUCGAUCAUCAAGAAUGUGACAGAUGCGUGGGAGGGAAAUAAGACGUAUGUCCUCCUGUCAAAAAUCGGACCAUACAAGAUAUUUUUUGAUGACAUUUACAAUACAGCUCCCCAAAGGGAACUAGAAAGUGAGGUUAUUAAUGCUUAUCUGACUGUCUUGGUAAACAAAUUCAACCAAGACAGUGCUGAAAAAGCAUUUGUGGUUGACACCUAUGAAAUGACACGUGUAUGGAAGCGGAAUAAGCCGAAAAUUAAGAUUGACCCAGUCUUCUACAAGUAUAUUUUGGGAGUUGUCAAUGAAGGUCAUCACUGGAUGCUGGUGGUGAUCAAACCUGGAGAAAAGAGAAGCUUGUUUCUCGAUCCACUUGGUGAAAGCAAAAGGAGAGUCACACAAUGCCAGGACAUUUCAAGGUUUUUCAUGAGACACAAAGGGCUUAAUGCAUCAAGAUGGGCAUGUGACACACUGCCUCAUCCUAUUCAACAGGAUGCAACUUCAUGUGGUGCCUACGUUUUGAAGUUUGCAGAGUGCAUCUUAAAAGAUGUUCCAGUAGAGUUUGAUAACUCUGCUUCAAGUAUUGCAAGUCUGAGACAACAGAUUGCAAUAUGUCUUCUUGAGAAUACAGAUGACCUGACUGACCUAUGCCACUAUUGUGGGAACCACGAUGGUGACACCGAAUGGAUUGGCUGUGACAUUUGCCCACGGUGGUACCACAGGAGCUGUGCAAAGAAGCCCCGCAAGAGCACAGAAAGCAAAUUUGUCUGCGAAGCAUGCUGGUCAGACAGUUAGUUUCUCUGGCAAUUUUUCUAAGGCUUAGAAAUGUGUGUUUUGUAUCGUUGUCUCCAAUAAUAUUAAUUAGUUGUUUAUUUAUUUAUUCAUUCAUUCAUUUAUGUUUGUGUUGCUGUGUGUGCUUCAGUAUUGUUAACAACAUUAAAAUUCAGCUUUGAUUUGAAUUCGUUUGUAGGAUUAUUCAAUUAUCUCCUGUUUCCUAACAUGUUAACAUUAUAGUUACUGUGGGCAAAGAAUUAAUAUAUAUGUUGUUUCAUGGUUUACUGGUGUUCAGCUUCCGCUAUACCCCGUUUCUGCUAUAUUUGUUAGUUUUUUUCUACUGGUGGUUUCUUCUUGAAUUGGAUGUUAUUGUUAAUGUUUUUUGGUUUUCGUUUCAAUUAAUAAGUGCAGUAUUAGAAUGACAUUUUUUUGUCUUUGGUUUUCUGUUUCAUAUUACUUAUUGUUGAUACUUUAUUUAUGCAGAUCUCACAGCUGUUUCCAUUUGGCCAUUAUCCUUUUUUGGUGUUAUAUUUGAAAUUUGACAUUUUAUG